UCUUCAAGCAAUACCUCUCCCUUCUCCACUUUGUUUCUCCAGAGAGCAAAACCAGAGCUGGGCUGGGUGGGUCAGUUCUUCAGGUACCAGGGCUAGGACAGGGCGUGGAGAGGAGCAGUCAGUAACGCAGACGCAGCGCCAGGCGCACUGGAAGUGCAGAGGACGCGCCCGCCUGCUUGCCUGCUGCGCGGGUGACCUCUAGUUUCAGCUAGGAACCUGGGCGGAGGAGUUACAAAGAAACCCACGGAACUGACUUCAAGGCGAGACCUGACUGUGGUCUCUAUGAACCUUCCAUUUUCUGCUGUCCUCCUCGUCCGCUCCAUGCCCAAGAGCUGCGCUCCAGAGCUAGGGCCAGAAGAGCCAUGGAGGGACCGAGUGUUCAGUGCGCCCAGCCGCCGCCCGCGGGAUCUCAGAUCGGGGUACCCCAAGCCAACCUCUCUGCUGCUCCCUCCCACAACUGCAGCGCCGCCGAGAGCUACAUUUACCAGGACUCCAUUGCCCUGCCCUGGAAAGUACUGCUGGUUGUGCUGCUGGCGCUCUUCACCUUGGCCACCACGCUUUCCAAUGCCUUUGUGAUUGCCACGGUGUAUCGGACCCGGAAGCUGCACACCCCGGCUAACUAUCUGAUAGCUUCCCUGGCCGUCACCGACCUGCUCGUGUCCAUCCUGGUGAUGCCCAUCAGCACUAUGUACACGGUUACAGGCCGCUGGACACUGGGACAGGUGGUCUGCGACUUCUGGCUGUCGUCGGACAUCACCUGUUGCACUGCUUCCAUCAUGCAUCUCUGUGUCAUCGCCCUGGACCGCUACUGGGCCAUCACGGAUGCCGUGGAGUAUUCAGCUAAAAGGACUCCCAAAAGGGCGGCUGUCAUGAUCACUCUGGUGUGGGUCUUCUCCAUCUCUAUCUCUCUACCGCCCUUCUUCUGGCGUCAGGCCAAAGCCGAGGAAGAAGUGUUGGACUGCUUAGUGAACACCGACCACGUCCUCUACACGGUCUACUCCACGGUGGGUGCUUUCUACUUACCCACCCUGCUCCUCAUCGCCCUCUACGGCCGCAUCUAUGUGGAAGCCCGCUCGCGGAUUUUGAAACAGACGCCCAACAAGACCGGCAAGCGCUUGACCCGAGCCCAGCUGAUCACAGAUUCCCCUGGGUCCACGUCCUCUGUCACCUCCAUUAAUUCGCGGGCUCCCGAUGUGCCCAGCGAAUCUGGGUCUCCAGUAUAUGUGAACCAAGUCAAAGUUCGAGUCUCUGACGCCUUGCUGGAAAAGAAGAAGCUCAUGGCCGCUAGAGAGCGCAAAGCCACCAAGACCCUGGGGAUAAUUUUGGGAGCUUUUAUUGUGUGCUGGCUGCCCUUCUUCAUCAUCUCCCUGGUGAUGCCUAUCUGCAAGGAUGCCUGCUGGUUCCACAUGGCCAUCUUUGAUUUCUUCACGUGGCUAGGCUAUCUAAAUUCCCUCAUCAAUCCCAUCAUCUAUACCAUGUCCAAUGAGGAUUUCAAACAAGCAUUCCAUAAACUGAUACGUUUUAAGUGCGCAAGUUGACUUGCCAAUUGCAGUGGGGUCGCCUAAGCGACCUUUGGGGACCAAGUUGGGUCUUUCCACAGGUAGGUGGAAUCUUCUUUCGCUGUUACUGGGUCCGAACAAGGCUCUCUCUUCUGGGCAAGGGCAAUGGAUCCUGAGAAGCCAGGACAGCCCUGAGAGCUCUGAAAGGAGAACUGUUCAAACUAAAUGUAGAGCUUCCCUGCUGAGGAGAAGGUUCACCUCCUCCCCUCAAACCUUGGGCUCAGCACAGAUACUGCGGCAGCCAAUCACAAAUGGGUUUGCAACUUAAAAAUUGAUGAUGGAUAGGUGAUCCCUGCCCUGCUUUAGUAUCACGGAUGAUGUCCUCUAAAGCCAGUGGUACUUGUAGUUGUUGUCUGAAGCCUGUCUGAGACAGAUCUACAAACAGCCUGGCAGUACUUGAACUAGACACUUAAUACCCUGUGUUUUGGGGAGAACAUUGUGU